AUGGAAGAAGCACCUCCAGCAUACUCAAGCGUUGAUGGUAUGCAUAGGAUGCCUGCACCACAUCUUGAUACGUUGGAUUAUUUAAAAAGCAGACUGGGCAUGAAAUUUUCUAAUUACAAUAAUGCUCUUAAAAUCCUCAAUUUCAGACACCGCCUGAGGUUAUAUGAACUUUACCAUACGCAAGAUUAUACGUUGCCCGUGCGGAUACACCUCAUCAAAGUCGGAUUUGAUGCUCCUUGUGAAGUCAUGGAUCAGUCGGUGGAAGAUUGCAACCUCCAGCGCAUGAAGAAUAUGGAGAUUUCAAAGAUUGUCAACCAAGAAAUCUCAUUUUUUGUUCGAGUCUAUCAGGAAGGUCAUAAUGGGAAACAUCCAUCGCAAAAGGACGUUAUUGAUUAUUUUGAUGCGUGGGACUAUGCAGUUCAAUACUACGAAGCCACAACUUUGAAGCGCACCAUAUCUUGUGAGGAGUAG